AUGCGCAUCUGGAUCCCCCGCCUCCGGCCGCCGCGCGCCCUAGCUCCACCCAGGUGCCCGCACGCACGCCUGGCGGGUGGGUCUCGCGUGCUUUCUUUCCCGCCAAAAUUUGGUAAUGGUGUUUCCCAGCCCCAGCAAGGCGGAGGUGAGGCCUUCUCAGGGGGCUGGGCGGGCGCGGGACAAGGGAGCGAUUGCUUGCGCUCGGGCAGCGUCUCUGCUCCCCACCAACCCACUCAGACAUCGGUUUCCUCGGGCGUCUACACCGAAGGCAGAGGGGAGAAGGCCUCUCAGGCUGAUGAAAAACCAAAGAAUGAUGUGAUUGUAUUGAGUGACUGGCCUGAGACUCUCUACCAGGAGCCUCACCAUCCCCAGAGUAAGCCUUUCAUCUGCUUCUACUCCAUCAGUGUCAACUAUUUUGUGUCCUUAAACUGGAUGGAGCCACAUUCAAAACAAAUACAGGCAGUACUUUGGGUACAGAAGAAAGAUACAGAAAUGGGAGGAAUCAUAGAGAAGAUGAACUUUCCUGUGAUGGAUCAAGUGCCACCCGUUGAAACAAUGGUCCACACAGGUUCUUCCCACAUGUUAAUUGCUUACUGUGGUGACAUGCGCCUGCGGCUCUUCGGAGAUCAUCAUCGAGCAUUCAUAUCUCUGGGCACAGUGCCCUGUCGUUUCUCCAUCAGCUGCCUCUGCUAUGACUCAGAAACUGAUAUACUGCUCUCUGGUACCUUGGGAGCUGUGGUUACCUGGCUUAUCAUACCAAACGGCAGGGGCCUCCAGAUGGCACAAAUAAUGCCCAUGCCUGAUCAUGAGCUUGUACAGGGCUUUUCCCUGAAUGGCCCCCAUGGCUCCCUCCUGGCUUUCUGUGAGAAUAUGGUGAGGGUCUUUACCCACCAGGGUCAGGGCCAGCUGAAAGAGGUUAAAAAGUUCACUCCCAUAGCCAGUGGCUCUUCCAUAACCUGCUCAUUCACUUGUGUCUCUCAGGGCUCUUUCUAUGCUGGAAACAAGGAUGGAGAGAUCCAUGCUUGGGGUCUAGACCAGGGUAACUUCCUCCACAGCUUCCAAGCCCAUUCCUCUUCAGUGAUAUGUGUUCAUAGCCGGCCAGAGACCUAUACUUUACUAACAGCAGGCCAAGAAGGUGUAGUAAAGGAAUGGAAUCUUGCCUUUGGGAACUUGCUGCGGCAGCUGAAUAUUGAUGAAGAUCUGCAGCGACUGCAGUUUAUUGAUAACACCACUUUUUUCUGCCAGACCACCCACACUUUCUCAUUGCACCACCUGCCCUACUUUUAUAGCCUCUUCAAUGUCUGUGGUUCUGCUCCUGAGAAGGUGCAGCGGGUUUGCUGUGGCCAUAAUUGGACUCGGAUCCUGUGUGCCACUAAGGAUGGUUUGUUGCGCUUCUUGUCUCCAGUAACAGGAGAUCUCCUCGUUAUCACCUGGCCUCUACUUAUCAUGGAUAAGGCCAUGGCUUGGGCCUAUGACUCAGACAAAGAAGAGCUCUUUGUGGCAACAGGCAGUUCAGAGGUGCUGGUGUUUGAUGCAACGCACUCUCCUUGCACAGCCAAGUACCUGGUAUGCACUUCGGUAAACUCUAGGGAUAGAGUAAGAUGCCUGGCCUAUGGGCAGUCCCAUUUGGGUAUGGGCCUAGGAGGACUGAUGUUCUGUGGGCAUGACAGUGGCAUUGUGAGAAUCCUCUCCCACUAUAGCUAUGCCCGAAUAGAAAAGACUGUUCACUCUGGGGCAGUUUUGGCACUGUCUACCCUGGAGGGUCCCCAGGAAAUCUCCUUACUCUGUUCCUACGGCAUGGAUCAUACUUUAUACCUGACAGAGGCUGUGCUUCAGAAGAACAAGGUAAUUCUGCAGCCCAUAAACAAAAUUCUAUGUGCUUGUGCCCUAACACAUGUGAUACUCUUGCCAGGUUCAGUGGGUGCUAUCACUGAGAACCACUGCUGGCGUCUCUGGCACUACCAAGAUUUUCUGAAAUCUUCAGAGUCAAAACAAAGUUCUGUGUUUAAAGAAACAAAAUGCCUGCACCAAUGUGCAAUAACUUCAUUUGAUGUCUGCUAUUCCCUGAAACUUUUUGUCACAGGGGGCAUUGAUGGCUCAGUCCGGAUCUGGGAUUUCCAUGGUAGGCUUAUAACUGAGUUGGAUUCAGCAUUGGAUUUUGGCCCACUCUGCUUUGCCAAUAAUCGGGGUGACCUGCUUUUGACUUUCAACCAGAGUCUUUACCUGGUAUCCUGCUUAAAUUUGCUCCCUCCUACUCAGCUGAUUCACCUAGCUAACCUAAGCAGUGCAGAUGAUAUACAAGAAGUCCCUAAACCCUUUCUGCCUAGUUUCUUCCUUUCUUUUGAAAGAAUAUUUGUACCCAAAUUUGUUUACCUUGGACAAGGGCUCCAGGAAUUACAGGGUCUAGAAGCCCUUCUUAACAAACGGGUCAUUGCCUUUGACAACACUGUGCCCCAUGUUGUAGAGGAAGAGAGACAUAUGUCCACUGUGAUUCAAGUGGAACCCAAAUUAUACUUUUCAGGGGAUAAGAAUAUUGCUUUUGACCCCAAGCAUAAUAGUACUCCACACAUGGUUCCUGCUCAGUUACAACUUGCUGACUGGGAUGGAUUGAACUCUUACCAUAUGUUACAUUGCUUCUUUGGUAAAGGGCAGCAAUGGCCCUUCGCUCCUGAUGGCUACAUCCCCAACUCAGUUAUCCGUGCCCGCCUUUGGCCUGAUGGUACCCCAAUCUUCUUACGCUAUGAUCUGUACCAAGAUAAGGACUGGGACAUGACCAAACUUGUCAGAUCCCUGACACUGUCACCUGUGACUCUACUAGAAGAGAACGUCUCAAUGAAAAAAGAGGAUAAAUCCAAGAAAUGGAAAAAAACUUUCUAUGAUAUUCUAGUAAGUAUGAUAAACCAAAAUUGGACAGGAAGAAAAUUUGAUGAAGAGCUUAUAAAUCAUUUAAUUGAGGCCAUCCUCAACCUCACAAUUUACUGUUCUGUAGAUCAAUAUAAGACAUAUAUUACUGUACUGGCACAAAUUUUUGCCACUUAUCAAGUAUCUUCAAGAUUGUGCUAUGAGGCUGCCUGUCGCCUAAUGGAAGAUACAGUCCAUCCCAAUCCAUGCAUCCGUGAGCUAGCCUGGGAGGGAUUGGAGAGGCUAGGCAUCCUGAGCCAUCUCUUUGCUGUUCCACUGGCUAUAGGAUUGAUGGACAGUGAUGAGAAUGUGCGGGCUAAGGCCUUACACCUUAUGAUAAGAGUCACAGGCAUCCAAACCAAGACUAUGCUGGUAGGCCUGCUGAGCAAAGAAGAAACCUUCCGAGAAAUGCAGCAAGAAUUUAUUGGAGAAGCCUCUCUGGACCAGCUACUGGGGAUCCAAGCUAAAGAUAUCCAGUGCCUGCUUACUCAGGUAAAGCAGCGGCUAAAUGAAAACUUGACCUUGUCAUAUAGAGACCAACAACCUACUUUUCAUUCAGACAUAUCAAUGGCUGGCGAACCUGAGAUGCUUGUCAAACGAAUAGUCGUACCUGAAAAGAUCACCAAACCAAAGGAAAGAAUGACACAUGUUCAAGCAAAGAGAAGACAGCUUAUUAAAAAGGAACUGAGAGUUUCCAGAAAGCCAAUACAGACAAAGUUUGUAAAAUUUAGCUCUGUGUUGGUACCUUCAGAGGAUAAAGAUGAACAAAGAGAGGCAAGACGAUCAGAGCAGAUUGACACCCAGCAUGUUGCCUUAGAGCCUGAAUUACCAUUAAGUACUUUCAGCCCAGCCAAAUAUCAAGAGGAUGCUGAAUCAAAGGAGGUCAUGGUGGAAGCCACAGAAGAAGGAAUAGGCCACAUGGCAAUCACAGAGAUUAUGACGGCCAUAGAUCAAUGUGGCAUGAAAGAUUAUGAAGAGGUGUUCCCUAAGGUGGAAAGACAUGAAGUAGAAGGAGGAGGCCACAUGGAGGUCACAGAGUUUAUGAAGGCCAUGGGUCAACAUGGCAAUAAAGAUUAUGGGGAAGUGUUCCCUAAGAUGGAAAAAUAUGAAUUUAUGAAUAGGCUUUGGAAAAGGGCAGUAAAAAGAGGCUAUGAAAAAGUAGCUGCAAAGUUAAAACAGGAAAAAGACUUGAAGGAUAUUUCAGAGACAAUUGUAGAAGAGACCAAGGAAAAAGGCAUGCAGAUUACUGAGGAAGAAAUAGAUACAAGGAAGAAACAUGGAAAGAGUGGCCGAGGUUUGGCUGGUAUGCCUGGACGCAUUGGUAGAUUAGAUACCAGGUCUUGGCGGGAUGACAUUUGCUAUCUUGUUACCUCAAGGAUAGCAAGUUCCUGUCCAGGAAUGUUAAGGGAUCUGGGUCAAGAAUUGGUGGACUUGGCUCAGGUGAUGCUUGCUCCCCAAGAUCCCAGCUGGGAUCUCUUUCAAGAGAUCUGCCCCCUUUUAAAGGAUUCAUCAGAAUUGCAUGAAAAGGUGGUAGAAGAACCAUUCAUUAUAACUGAAAAGGUGGAUACAGAGGUUGUUGAGGAAGAGAGGACAGAAUUGGGAGGACAGAGAGGUAAAAAAGCAUUAAAGGACAAGGCAUUUUCUCAAGUCAAGAAAAAGAAAGAUGCUUUCUUAGACAAACUAGUCUUAGAGAAAAGGAAAUUUAAAAAAGAAGCAAGGAAACUGGGCAGGCAAGAAAGGAAAAUAGCUGAGGAAGAAAGGAAACUGAGUAAAACAGAGAAGAAAUUAAUGCAAAGAAAGGAGAAACUGACUCAGGAUAGGAAGAAACUGACCCACCAGAAAGAAAAAAUACCUUGGGAUGAAAAAAUAGUGGCUUCUCCACAAGAGAAAUUAACAAGCAAGGAAGAGCAGAAGUUAGUCUUAGGAGGAAAGAAAGAGACUGGAAAAGGGGGAAAACUACUAAGGGAAAGAAAAAGAGUUACCCAAAAGAAGGGGAGGGCAGCCCUGAAAAGAGGAAAGUGGGACUGGGAGAAGAUUAUGAUGGCCCAUGAAGAAGGCAUGUGGUGCCAAGAAGAGGGGUUGCCUACCUGGGGAGAGAGGAAAUUGUCCCAGGAGGAGGAGGAGCUGGGGGAUGAAGAGGAGGAGCUGGGGGAUGAAGAGGAGGAGGAGAAAAAGAUAGCAGAAAUUGAAAAAGUGUCCCCCCAAAAAGAGAAACAAGCCAAGAAAGAGGAUAAAUGGGUUGGGAAAGAUAAGAAAGCCACUGAUGAAAAAGAAAAGCCACCCACAAAAAAGCAACUAGCCCCACAAGAGCAGAAACAAUCCCAGGAAGAGAGGAUAUGGAGUCAGAAAGAGAAAGAGAGUGAUCAAAGAAAACAAUGGGCCUGGGAAAAAGAGGAGCUGUAUGUAGAAGAGGAGGAACACGCUGGUGAAAUGCAGAAGUCCCAGGAAAAAGAGGAAAGAGCAUUGGAGAAAAGACUGACCAAGAAAGAUAGUAAACUGGCAAAGGGGGAGAGUCAUAUUGGUAAGAAAAAAAAGGCAAUAGCCAGAAAGGGAAUUGGCAUAACAAAGAGAAAGAAAAAAAGUGAAGAAGAGAAAGAAGUUAUGAAGGAAGAGGAAUUGUCCCAGGAAGAGAGGGAACUGGUCUGUGACACUAGGACCAAGGAGAUGGGUGUUGCCAAGGAAAAAAGAAAACGAACCAAAGAAGAGAGAAUACAGGCAAUGAGGAAACUGGACAUGGAGAAAGGGAUUCCUUCUGAAGACAAAGAGGCUAGUUCCAGGUUAAAAGAUAUAAGGAAGAGAGAGAGUUACCUGUUGAGGAGCCUAGCUAAAAUAGUUAGAGAAAUGAACAUAGUGCCACUGGAAAAGGCAGAAAUAUCUGAGGAAGAGAGAUCAUCCAUGAUGGGGAAGUGGAUGGAAACAAUGGAAAUGGAAGGCCAGAGGUGGGAAUUUUUUAAGGAACAGGGAGAAAUAAUGAAACAAGAGAAGGAGCUGGAUCAGGAAGAGAGAAAAGUAGAUGAUAGACUGGCCACCAAAGAGAAAACACUGACUGAUGGAGACAGCUUGCAGGAGAACCAAAGGUUAUUAGAAAAGGUCCUGGGAAAGAUACUAUUAGAUAAAGUUCAGGAUGAGGAAGAGGAAGAGGCAGAAAUGGAGAAGAUAGAGAAAAGAGAGAAGGAGGAGGAGGAAAGGCAGAAGGAUGCAGAGAGCAGACUUAUGAAGGUGAUACGCUCAGAAGAGAGAGUACUGAAAACAAAGCUCUCCAAGGAAGAAGUGAGCUUAUCAAAGCUAGCAAUAGAAGAUAAAGCUCUUGCUGAGAAAAGGGAGGGUAUAACUAGAAGGGAAAUGCCUUUUACGAAAGAAAGAUUGCUUGAUGGAAAGAGAUAUCCCACACUAAGGGAUAAGGUCAUGUGGCCAACAGUUCUGAAGAGCCCCUUCAAAAUACCACUCCCAGGAGCCCCAGAAAAAGAGAGAAUGCCCCUGAAAGUGUUAGGGGUUCAUUUGGAUUUGAAAGGACAGGAAAGUCCACUUCUUGGAGCACACCCUAUGACAAGUUCUUGGGGAAGACAAGAGGAUGUGCUCUUGGAGAAAGCCAAGAGUAUGGGAACAGGCUUAGAGACACAGAUCCCAGAAGGCCUCCACAGGUUAGAGUCCCACUUAUCUGAUAUCAUGAAACCACAGAGACGUGAACAUAGGUCCAAAGGUAAGAAGUGGAAGCGGUUCUUUAAGUACCAGGAUUCCCCAGUGGGGAAAACUGAAGGUCAGGUCCCAGGGCCAGCCCCAGCCCUAGCCCCAUCCCUUACUUCUAUACCAGCCAAAAGGCCAUGCCACUCAGAAGCAAGCUUCUCAGAUGAGGACUGGAUUACCAAUGCCUUAAUAAGACUGGAAGCAGGAGAGCAGCUUUCCAGGGACAGUUUCCAUAGACUGCACCAGCAUCUCAGAGACUUCACUUCAAAGGGAUAUUUGAAAUGGAUGCAUCGGUGCAGUCUUAAAGCCAUUGCUAAACACCUCAGGCAGAACCUAGAAGUAAGUCACACAGACAUAUCACAGCCCUCUAAGGAUGUUUGGAGUCCAGUGCACUUAAAAGUGAUCCCUCCAAUUAGAAGAAAACAAAAAGAGAGCUGGCUAGAGCCAUUAUCUAUUGUUGAGCCAGUGUUACCAUCAGCUACCAGGAGGUCUCAAACCCCAGAAGCUCUCAAUUGGCAUCUCUUAGCUGAGUCCCAAAGGAAGAAGCAGGCACAACAGUUAUCCUCUGCUAUGAAGGAGAUACCGCACCUUUAUCCAAUCAGAAAACACAUUCCCACAACUGUCUAUCCUUCUGUGGGUAAGAAAUCCCUGGACUUGAUAUUCCAGAAGGACUUGCAGGCCUUGAGGUAUAAGGGAGGGCUCCCCAAAUUUCACAUGGCAAAGAGGGAAGCACUGCCCAUCCCUUCACCAGUGUUACCAUCAACCACUAAGAGGAUUCGAGUCCCAAAGGCCAAUUUACACUGGCAUCUCUUAGGAGAACCUUACAGGAGUGCGCGGGUACAGCAGUUAUCCAAGGCUCUAAGAGAGAUGGAAAUGAAACACUUUUAUCCUGCUGCAAGAGAGAUUUUCACAGGUGCCCAUGCCUCUGUGGACAAACAAACUCUAGCACUGAUGUUUCAGAAGGAUCUCGGGGCUUUUAAGGGAAAAGACAGGCCCCUCAUGUUGCCUAAGUUGAAGAAGGCACAGACCACCUCUAAAAAAAAGGAAGAGGUGCCUCAGUGGGAGACAUUUGUGGCACUGUAUUAUGUUUUGCAGAUGUUGCAGCAACGAUAUGCAAAAGACAGCACUGCUUGGAUGGAACAGUUUUACCGACUCAUGGAUCUGUACCAAUUUAAGUCCCCUCAAAUCCAGAGGCUUCUCUUAGAGUUGCUGCACAGAGAAGAACUCCAACCCCGAGAGAUUAUGUACCAAAAGGCCCUGAAAACUCAGGAGCUAGUCCCUGGUGAACGGUUGUUCUGUGGCCUGUUUUGUGGUCAUUCCCAUGUCCCUGCAGGUCCUCUCAAGUUCCAGAACGUUGUACCACUGCCUGGGAAAAGCAGAGUGCAUACUAUCCAACCUGUGGGCAUUGCCCAGUAUGGGUUCCUAGAACUUGCCUGGAAAAACCUACCACAAGUCAAUUCUUACCUUAUUGAGAGGCUGCCCAACAUCCCUACUCCUACUCUAUGAUUUGGCCUAAUAUUAGGACUUUGGGGUCUUAGUGGGAAAUAACCCUGGCCAUAGAUUUUAAGCCUCCUUCCCUGUUCCCCACUUCAAGGUGGGGCUAGACAAGGACUUGUACUUAUUUAGCUCCAGAAACCUGCUUGCCUUGUACUGAAUAAAAUGGCAUUUCUCGUU